AUGGCAGAGCAGCACACAAGUACACAAGGUGAAUUCCGGAUCGCCAUCGCCGGCGCCGGAAUCGGCGGUUUGACGGCAGCCAUUGCUCUAACGCGCCUACUACCCUCGAAUGUAAGCGUGACGAUCUUCGAGCAAGCCACCGAAUUAAAAGCGGUUGGCGCAAGCAUUGGGAUAGGGCCGAAUGGCCUACGUUCCCUCUACAAGCUUGGUGUUGACCCGGCACUGAUAGAGGAGUACGCUUUUCGACAGCCCAGUGGUCGACCUUUUGUCUACCUCCAUUGGUUGACAGGCGAGGUUCUCAAAGAAACCGCCCAUCAAACAGUUAAAGACCCUCGUGAUGCCAUGGCUCGCUUCCACCGAGCUGACCUCCAGAAGCUUUUGUUGGAGAGUUUACCCGCGAAAGUGACAUUGAAGCUAAGCAAGAGGGUUAAAUCCGUGGAUAUCCAAUCACCCCAAGAGGGUGGAGGUGUUCUGUUAGCUUUCGAGGACGGAACUAUCUUCGAGGCAGAUCUCUUGGUGGGAGCAGAUGGCAUCCAUUCGGCAGUUAGGAAGGUUUUUGUUCCGGGACACAGUCUCCAAUGGACGGGCGACAUUCUAUUCAGGUCCACCUUUGAUAAAGCUUUGGUGGAAAACAUCGAAGGGUUACCCGAGGACGCUGUGUUCCAUUGUGGACCCAAUGAGAACUUCCUCUUUACGUCUCGAUUAGGUACGUCAGGUGUUGUUUUGUGCGCCCAGAGGGAGCAUGUGUUUGCUAGGACAAGGAAUGCUGAUAUGCCUCAAGGGAAAACCCAAUAUACUGUCGUUGGCCAAACACAGUCUGAUCCCGAUGACCCGGAAAAUCCAUAUCGAACAGCAAAGUGGAAUACGGAAGGGGACGUGACUAUGUUGAGGGACUUAUACAAGGGCUGGCAUCCAACCGUACAGAAUAUCCUGGAUGCGACACCUAGCACACGACUCUACCCAAACCAUCUAGGCACAUCUCUCAAAUCAAUGGUCUUCGAAAGCCAUGUUGCGUUGAUUGGCGAUGCUGGACACACCCAUGGUGGCGCGUUCGCGGCUGGCGGCUCACUCGCAAUGAACGAUGCCCACGCUCUUGGGUUAGCCUUGGCCCAUGUCUGGCCAACUGAAAAGAACACAAAGCCAAGCCGUCGUCAACUCGAGAGGGCUUUGGCUCUAUUUGAUGGAACUCGGCGGCCUCAUGUCAACAAGCUCAUUGAAUUAGUGGAGAUCGGAUUGGCGGCCCGGCAGGCUAAAUUGAGGGAUGAGCGCAAGGUGGAAGAGACUGAUAAAGAGUUGAGGGAGAGGAUAUCGGGGCUGUCGGAUAUUGCAUGGCUUGCAGAGCAUGAUGUUGAAGCUGCUUUCUGGGAUUUUACACAAACUGAAGUUGCGAAGCUUUGA